AGAGAGGAGGGUGAGGUGGAAAAGGAAGAGAGAGGAAAAAACAGGAGACAGAACAGACAUCCAGAGCAGCACAGAAACAGACAGAGGUAGAGCAGGUGCAGGAGACGCCACACUCCAUCCGGCAACCAUGACAACCGAGGAAAGCGCAUGCCAAGCCCCCGUACCCUCACGCCACCGAUAAGAAGGACAGCGAGGACGCUGCAAAUCUGGAAUGGUUUAGAUGAUUUUGCUCUUUUGUUUAGCUCCUUUCACCUGGGGUCAAUUCAUCAGGGUGGGCUGAACCCGGAUCAAAGCGAACAGCUGGAGCCUUUUCCACUGCGACCCAUCAAUGGAGCCACUGAGGUGGGCUUAAUACCGCUCAAUGGUCCUCCUCCAGAGCAAACGACCUGCCGGCAGACUUGUCUUGAAAACCGCCUGUAAGACGGAAGAGACGAAACAUGUAAGCCAUAUGACACAGGCUUUGUCCGGACUUGUGUCAUUCAUUGAGUCCACAUGAACCCCAUGGCGCAGCUGUACUACAACAAGGCCCGUGACUCCCCGUACCGCGAUCGCAUCCCGCUGCAGAUCGUGAGGGCAGAGGUUGAGCUGUCUGCCAAGGAACGAGCCUACCUGACGGCGGUGGAGAAGGGAGACUAUGCUGGAGUUAAACAGGCCCUUGAGGAGGCCGAGAUCUAUUACAACAUCAAUGUGAACUGCCUGGACCCAUUGGGCCGCAGCGCACUCCUCAUCGCUAUUGAGAAUGAGAACCUGGAGGUGAUGGAGCUGCUGUUGAGUCAUGGCGUACACAUGGGCGAUGCACUCCUCUAUGCCAUCCGCAAGGAGGUGGUGGGAGCAGUGGAGUUACUGCUAUCCUAUAGGAAGCCAAGUGGCGAGAAACAGGUUCCUUCUCACAUGAUGGACACACAGUUUUCGGAAUUUACUCCUGAUAUCACGCCAAUCAUGUUGGCUGCCCACACUAACAACUACGAGAUCAUCAAGCUCCUAGUUCAACGAAAAGUCACCAUCCCGCGGCCACACCAGAUCCGCUGUGACUGCGUGGAGUGUGUAUCGAGCUCCGAAGUGGACAGCCUUCGGCACUCCCGUUCACGUCUAAACAUCUACAAAACUCUUGCCAGCCCCUCUCUCAUCGCCCUUUCCAGCGAAGAUCCCAUCCUCACUGCGUUCAGGCUGGGCUGGGAGCUGAAGGAGCUCAGUAAGGUGGAGAACGAGUUCCGGCAGGAGUACGAGGAGCUGUCGCAGCAGUGCAAACGUUUUGCUAAAGACUUGCUGGAUCAGGCCCGUAGCUCCUGUGAGCUGGAGACCAUCCUCAACCAUCGGGAUGACCACAGCGAGGAGCUGGACCCCCAUGAGUGCAGAGACCUGGCCAAGCUCAAGCUAGCCAUCAAGUACCACCAGAAAGAGUUUGUAGCUCAGCCCAACUGCCAGCAGCUCCUGGCAACGCUGUGGUAUGAUGGGUUCCCAGGAUGGAGACGACGUCACUGGGCAGUGAAGCUUGUCACUUGCUUCAUUAUUGGCCUGCUCUUCCCUGUCUUCUCCCUCAUAUACCUUCUGGCUCCAAAGAGCACCCUGGGAACCUUCAUCAAGAAACCUUUCAUCAAGUUCAUCUGCCACACUGCCUCCUACCUGACCUUCCUCUUCCUCCUCCUUCUGGCCUCACAGCACAUUGUGCAAACUGAUCUGCAUGUACAGGGACCUCCACCCACCAUCGUGGAGUGGAUGAUCUUACCCUGGGUUCUAGGCUUCAUCUGGGUGGAGAUUAAAGAGAUGUGGGAUGGCGGUUUCACAGAGUACGUCCAUGACUGGUGGAACCUGAUGGAUUUUGCAAUGAACUCUCUCUACCUGGCUACUAUAUCUCUUAAAAUGGUGGCCUACUUUAAGUACAACAGCUCUCGUCCUCGUGUGGAGUGGGAGAUGUGGCACCCUACGCUCAUCGCCGAGGCUCUAUUCGCCAUCGCCAACAUCUUCAGCUCUCUGCGUCUCAUCUCUCUGUUCACUGCCAACUCUCACUUGGGCCCACUGCAGAUCUCUCUCGGCCGCAUGCUGCUGGACAUCCUCAAGUUCCUUUUCAUCUACUGUCUGGUGCUGCUGGCUUUCGCCAACGGCCUCAACCAGCUCUACUUCUAUUAUGAGACGAAGGCGUCCGAAGAGCCCAACAACUGCAAAGGGAUCCGUUGUGAGAAGCAGAACAAUGCCUUCUCUACACUGUUUGAAACUCUUCAGUCUCUCUUCUGGUCUGUGUUUGGGCUGCUGAAUCUGUAUGUUACCAAUGUGAAGGCACGUCAUGAGUUUACAGAGUUUGUGGGGGCCACCAUGUUCGGCACUUAUAAUGUCAUCUCACUGGUGGUGCUGCUGAACAUGCUCAUCGCUAUGAUGAACAACUCUUACCAACUCAUUGCUGAUCACGCGGACAUCGAGUGGAAAUUUGCUCGUACCAAGCUGUGGAUGAGCUACUUUGAUGAGGGAGGGACAUUACCACCACCCUUCAACAUCAUACCAAGUCCAAAGUCUGUGUGGUACCUGUGUGUGUGGCUGCACUGCCGUCUGUGUGGACAUGGAGAGCCUAGACAUGAGGAGGAGUGUAAACACGGAAACCUCAAAGAGUUCACAGAAAGGCAUGCCGAUAACCUCAUUCAGAACCAGCACUACCAGGAGGUGAUUAGAAACUUGGUAAAGCGAUAUGUUGCAGCCAUGAUCCGCAGUGCCAAAACAGAUGAAGGGCUGACAGAGGAGAACUUCAAGGAACUUAAGCAGGAUAUCUCCAGCUUCCGCUACGAGGUUCUUGAUUUGCUGGGCAACCGUAAACCACCGCGACGCACGUAUUCUUCUAGUAGCGAGGCCACUCAGCAGGACGAAACAGCUGAGCCUGAAGAAGAAGAGGAUGAGGAGGGCAAUAGGCUCGGAGGACUCAGAUGUGGGGAUGGAGGAGAGUCGUCCAGAUCUGAAGCAUCUACGUCCUUCUCCCAGUGUUACAGAAGAAACCGAGAGUCCCAGUUAAGUGUAUCGGCUCUCUUCAAAUCCAUGUCGGGACCGGCCAGAGAAAGACUGGAACGCAAUGGUUUGAGGAACAACAUAUCCCACUCGUCUGCAUUUGUGCGGACCAGCAGCCGUCUGCAGAGCUUUUCUCGCUCCAAGAAAAACUCUUUGCAACGUUUGGGAAUGCUAAUGUCUCGUAUGAACGGACAUGUCCCGGACCAAUAUGUGGAGACCCCGGGAGAUCAGCAGUCCGCAUACAGCAUCUCAGACCAAGUACCGCAAACGUCUUGGCAUGGUCCCCAGAUGCUUUCAAAGGUAACUCAGAGCGAGAUGCACCUGCACACGCUGGGACUGGGGCUGCCUGAGACUGAACAGAACCCAAUGCAGUCCACAUCUCAACGGGCAAACGGCAGGGACAGUCUCGUCCUCCGGCCGCCCAGCCACUCGCUGCCCCCGCUGCACUGUGCUUCCAGCCUGACUGCCUCCAGCUCUCAGCUCUUGGCCUCCAGUGAUGAUCUGUGCCAUGGCUGGUUGGGACCUUGUGACAGUUUGGGCUCCUCCAGCUGGGACCAAGAGGAGUCGGUUACAACACAGCUGUAGAGGCGAAGUCAGUUCAUUAACAUAAUGUUUCACAGCUUCAGCCAGGGAUUGAUUUCAGCUCCAACCCCAAUCAAACACACCUGAACCAGCUUAUCAAGGGGUUCCCGGUUACUUGGUAAUUAUAGGCAGGUGUGUUGGAACUGAUGUUUGCAGGAUGGUAGUUGGAGACCCUGGCUGAAGGUGACUGGUUCAAUGCUUCAAUAACAGUCAAGGGCCUGUGACACUCAUACUUUAGCAUCUUUAUGCUUUGCACACAUCAGGCCUUAUUCACAAAACACGAGCAGAACGAAUUGUGUAAAAACAUUUGUAAAACAUUAAUGCAAAAGUGUUUGUGCGACCAUUUGUAUUGCCCAUCCUAACAAUUAGGAAAAUGUGUUCUACUUGUGUUUCUUGAUUGAGGCCACUGGAAAUUUAUAUUUAAAAGUGAGGUAUGUAAUUUCUGUGUGGGAAAAUAUAUAUUUUACAGUAAUGCCUAACACUUUCUGCCAUUGGUUGGAUCCUACAAAGUAAAGUGAAAUUGUGGGCUGCAUCUGAAAUCAGGUACUUUCCUACUAUAUAGUAGACAAAAAAAUAAAAAUAAAAAAACAGUAUGUGAAAAGACUGAGUAGUAUAACCAACUUCACAGAAUUCAUAAAAAAGGUUCAGAAGUAUGUAUCCAGUGGACACUUUACUAUCCCAUGAGGCCUUGGGAGAGGAUUUAUGAAUAGAAAAAUAGCAGAAUAUAAUAUACGCAACUGAUGCUGGUAGGUUGCAUGAAUAUGUCCAGAUUACAUUCAUACUACACACAUUCAUACUAUAUAAAGAAGUGGUUCCCAACCCCGGGGUCACUGAAGAUUUGCAAGGUGUCACCGAGCUCAUUCCAGUUUGAGGGUUACAAAUAGAAAUGGUUGCAGUUUGAACAAACCGCAAUAAAAUUUUAGAUGUGUAAUAAUACAGUUUAAUGUUUGAUUAACUUACCGCGAUUUCAAAAAACUCACUGUAAACGCCGUCCAACAGUAAGUAAAGUUAGUUACAGUCUCAUGAAGACAUAGCAUAAAUUAAUUGUAUGAAUGCAUCUUUGAAGGGAACCAACUGUCUUAAUUUCCAUGGCCUUUUCCUUUUCAUUACAGGACUUCAUUUCCUUUUUAUUGCAGGAGCGCCACCUGCUGUCAGACCGUGGAUUUGCAUUUUCAUUCAGCCCAUCUGUUUUUGUUCAAGCCCAUGCAAAAAUCAGACAGAAUUUUGAUGCACUGUUGUAAAGUUUUACAGGUUGAUGGAAAAUAAGCGAAUGUGCAUUCUAAAAAUCUAAAUUUGGAUAAGGUAUCUAAAAAUAUUAACAGAGCAGAUAAAAUACUAUUACAAAUAGAAAAGAUUUUGAUUCAUAUCCAUUUUGAUUCAACCCCUUUUCUUAAAAUGGUUUGAAAUUAGAGUAUUUUUAAUUUAAUUGACUUUGGACAGAGCCAUGAUCUAAGCAUAGGUGUAGUAUAAAUACAUACUACAUUUACCUUUGACAUGUGACCUACAACAUCAUCAGUCGUGUCACUACCCCACAACUUACGAAUUCUCUUACCUGGCCUUACGGGUUAGUAAAAUUUUCAUCUCUGCACACUUCAAAGCACUGGCAGUAGUAGGUCAUCCAGGUAAUUUUCACGGUUUAUGAAUAAUGCAAAUUGAGACAUUAUGCUGAUUUGACUUCCUACCCUUCGCAUACUAUUAGCAGGGAAGUAGGCAUGUUCCGAUACAGGGUCUGCAUUACACUUUUCAGGAAAUCAGCUUAUGAAUGUUGUAAGCUGCAUUUUCUUUGCAAAGAACAUUUGAAUAUGACUUUUGGAACUCGCCCCCUAGUGGCAAUCAUAAUGAACAUGUAAUUAGCAUAGGCUGUUUCCACUUCCUGUGGCUCAGAUUUUGUUUUUUUUCUUGAAAAAAAAAAAUAUAUAUAUAUGCAAAAUUAUGUCAGAAUAUUAAAACCAUCAAAUCCCAAAGAAAGCAAAACUUUAUACACCUCUGAGCUCUUUAAAAUGUUCUACGUGAGUUGCUUGGAUGCACCCUUAUGUAUGUGUACUUGCAAUAUGUACUUGUUAUAUGUUCAGAUGCACCCUUAACAAAUGUAGCAACCCUCUUGCACAACUCCAUCCAGUGUAAAAACCUUUGUUUAUUUUGCAAGGCUAUAAGUUAACGGUUUAAACAAGAUACACAUUUACUUUUAAAUUACAUACCAUCUGCACCGCAUGCUAAGUUCUGGUGCUUCAUUGUCAAUGCUAGUGCAAUAUUUUCGAAAACAAGCUUAAACUGCAGACUUGAACACGUUCUAUAGAAAGUCCUUUUUUGAGCUCAGAAAGUGGAAGUAGAACCAAUAUAUGAAAUAUGUCUGAUACAAUGUAAAUUAAUAGAUCUUGAAGUGACAUUGUAUCAGAAGAUACAGAUAACAGAAUGUGGACCUAAAUAUAUAUGCAUAUUUGUAAUACACUUAUGUCUACACUUAAAUGUUUAAGGGCACCAAAUGGUUUCAAUUGAAGCUUAAAAAUAUAGUACAAAAAUAUCUAUCUAUGUGACUGGUAAUAUUUUUUCAUUUGUUUUUCAUGUUUUAUAGCAAAUUGUGACAAAUAGUGAAUUGGCUCCUAAAAACACAACGCAUGAUCUAAUAUUUAGAGUUUGCUCAAUAACAGGAGCUUAGUAGAGUUAGUUUCUCUCAUGACUGGUCUCUAGACACUGAACCAGUCACAAAUAAUAUAUCAGAUCCAUUUGUGCAUUAGUAACCUCUUAUUUGUGUUGCUUCAUUAUGGUUUUAAUUUAAGCUGUAAGUUAUCUACAAUAGAUUCUAAAUGUCUUUUUUGUAAAAUUUAUUUUCUAACAAAUUAUUUUUCUAUUAUUUUUUUACAUAAGGGGUACGUUUUUGUUACACUUCAUGUAUAAUUUAUACCUUGAUUUCAAAUAGAGGCUUCAGUGGUUUUCUAUUUCAUUUUUUGUUUUGUGGUCACAUGAACUAAAUAAAUCAUAUCUGGGUUAACAUCACUAAUGAUUGAAACUGCAUUUUUUGCUGAUCUUAAAGUCAACAUGAUAUAGACCCUGCCUGUACAUGUUUCUGGU